AUGUGCGCCCGUAGCGACGUACCUCCGCCGAUGUACUACGGCUACGCCGUAGCCAAUCCGCCGCCCCCUUACGGUUGGGUUUACCCUCAGAACGCCGCCGGAGGUAGCGUGAUGCAGAAUCGCCUGCCAUACACCGCCCCAUCCGGCACCUUCACCGGGAAUGCGGACUGCGUCUACUGCAACACCCUGCUCACCAAUGGGUUUCAGCCGCCAGCCACUAACACCGGCGUAUAUUACGGAGGUGUUGCAAACUUCCCU